GAGAGGCAAAAAGAAAAAGCUAUAAAAAAUUAUAAAAUAAUGGUGAACUCUCCCACCCUUACUAAUCUCUUGAUUUUUCUUUCUCAGUUUCUUUCUAUUAGCUCCUCUCGCUGUCUCUCUCUCACCAUUUCUUUGUUUCUUACUUCACUGUCACUGUUCCUCAUAUCUCUGCACACCCAAAAAGAAACCCGGAAACAAAGAAAGGGGGAAGCUUUAGAAUAUUUAGCGGUGUUAAUUCACCUCGAGAGAAUAUUUUUUAUUAGAGGAAAAAAAAAACCAAGUCGAAAGUUAUAGUUCCAUUAUAUUUCCCUCCUUUUUUUUUUUAAUUUUUGAUUUGCUUGGGCUUUCAUCAAAUCAAAGAAGCUCUGCAAAUUUUGGAGUCAUUUUUGGGUUUGCAUUUUGUGGGGUUCAAAUGUGGAGUAAAGAGCAGUUUUUCUGGAUUUUAAUGCCGGCUAGAGAGUCGAGGGAAUUUUGAAUGGAAUUACAAGAGUUAAUGCUUUGCUUUUUUCGACAUUUCUUGGAGAGGAUAUAAUCAGCUUUGGUUCAAUCAUGGUAACAAGAUUUGAUUUUAAGCUUCGAUUUGCUGUCGUUAUAUUCGAGGUUUUAUUGAUAUUGUUAUGGUUUGGAGCAGCUACUUCGAAAUUUCAGCGGCCUCAUCCACAAUGGGAAGGCCCAGAGAGAGGACUUGGUGAAAACAUUGUCUCACAUUCAUGUAUUCAUGACCAGAUAAUUGAACAGAGGAGACGACCAGGUCGUAAGGUUUAUUCAGUUACCCCUCAAUUUUAUGUCCACUCCAGUACCUCAAAUAGUGUUCUUCACAAAGGAAGGUCCUUGCUUGAGAUUUCUGAAGUGCUUGAGCAUCCAAAGGAGGCUAAGCAACCUAUAAGAAUAUAUUUAAAUUAUGAUGCUGUUGGCCUCUCACCGGAUAGAGAUUGUCGAAAAGUUGGUGACAUUGUGAAGCUUGGGGAGCCUCCUGUGAGUUCAUCUCCUGGUACACGCUCCUGCAAUCCUCAUGGUGAUCCUCCGAUUUAUGGUGACUGUUGGUAUAAUUGCACUUUGAAUGAUUUAUCUGGGCAAGACAAACGUCAUCGUCUUCACAAGGCUCUAGGGCAGACAGCUGACUGGUUCAAGAGAGCCUUGGCCGUAGAGUCUGUGAAAGGGAAUUUGAGGUUGAGUGGAUAUUCUGCAUGCGGACAAGAUGGAGGUGUACAGCUUCCUCGUCAAUAUGUUGAAGAGGGUGUUGCUGAUGCAGACUUGGUCCUUCUUGUGACUACACGACCUACCACUGGCAGCACUUUGGCAUGGGCAGUAGCAUGUGAACGUGACCAGUGGGGCCGUGCAAUUGCCGGACAUGUGAAUGUUGCUCCUCGGCAUUUAACUGCAGAAGCAGAGACUUUACUUUCAGCUACUCUUAUCCACGAGGUUAUGCAUGUUCUUGGCUUUGAUCCGCAUGCUUUUAUGCACUUUAGGGAUGAGAGAAAAAGGAGGCGUAGUAAGGUUACUGAACAUAUUAUAGAUGAAAGGCUUGGGAGGAUGGUUACACGUGUGGUGCUCCCACGUGUUGUUAUGCACUCGCGGCAUCAUUAUGGGGCAUUCUCAGAAAAUUUUACUGGCUUAGAGCUAGAAGAUGGGGGAGGACGUGGGACAUCAGGAUCUCAUUGGGAGAAAAGGCUUUUGAUGAAUGAGAUAAUGACGGGAUCUGUGGAUACAAAAUCAGUUGUUUCAAAAAUGACACUGGCUUUGUUGGAGGAUAGUGGAUGGUAUCAAGCUAACUAUAGCAUGGCAGAUCAUCUUGAUUGGGGUCACAACCAAGGAACUGAUUUUCUGACUUCUCCUUGCAAUCUCUGGAAGGGAGCAUAUCAUUGCAACACAACCAAUUUGUCCGGUUGUACGUAUAACAGGGAAGCAGAAGGUUACUGUCCUAUUGUAAGUUAUAACACGGACCUACCUCAAUGGACUCGGUACUUUCCUCAGGCUAACAAGGGUGGUCAGUCCUCAUUGGCUGAUUAUUGCACAUUCUUUGUGGCUUACUCUGAUGGAUCUUGUACGGAUAGUAAUAGUGCAAGGGCCCCGGAUAGAAUGUUAGGCGAAGUGAGAGGGAGUAACUCCAGGUGCAUGGCCUCAUCCUUAGUUCGUACAGGUUUUGUCCGUGGUUCUAUGACCCAAGGAAAUGGUUGUUAUCAGCACAGAUGUGUAAAUAACUCAUUAGAGGUUGCUGUGGAUGGUAUCUGGAAAGUGUGUGCCAAAGUUGGUGGACCAGUUCAGUUCCCUGGUUUUAAUGGUGAGCUGAUUUGUCCUGCUUACCAUGAACUCUGUAGUGCUGGUCCGGUUCCAGUGUCCGGGCAAUGUCCCAAUUCUUGUAAUUUUAAUGGUGAUUGUGUCAGCGGAAAAUGUCGCUGCUUUCCUGGGUUUCAUGGUCAUGAUUGUAGUAAAAGAUAUUGCCCUAGCAAUUGUAAUGGGCAUGGGACGUGUCUGUCAAAUGGGGUUUGUGGAUGUGAAAAUGGUUAUACUGGCAUUGACUGUUCCACUGCCGUUUGCGAUGAACAAUGUAGUCUUCAUGGUGGUGUCUGUGACAAUGGAGUUUGCGAGUUCCGCUGCUCUGACUAUGCGGGAUACACAUGCCAGAACAGCUCCACUCUCCUCUCUAGUCUUUCUGUAUGCAAAAAUAAGUUGGAGAGAGUAUUGUCUGGGCAACACUGUGCACCCAGUGAGGCAAGUGUAUUGCAACAGCUUGAAGAAGUUGUCAUCAUGCCGAAUUACCACCGUCUAUUCCCAAGUGUUGCUCAGAAGUUGUUUACUAAUCUCUUUGGAACCAGCUACUGUGAAUCGGCUGCCAAGCGACUGGCCUGCUGGAUAUCGAUCCAAAAAUGCGAUAGUGAUGGGGACAACAGACUACGAGUAUGCCAUUCAGCAUGUCAGGCGUAUAAUUUAGCAUGUGGAGCAUCACUAGACUGUUCAGACCAAACUCUGUUUAGUAGUGAGGAGGAAGGUGAGGGGCAAUGCACCGGCUCUGGCGAGAUGAAGGUUUCGUGGUUCAAUCGUUUCCGAAAUCGUUUAUUUUCAAGCAAUUCAUCCUUGGAAGGAAUGUAUGUAAAAUAUAGCCAACUCUAGGCCCCUCCUAAUUCUCUUGCUCUUGUUCCUUCUAAAUUUGGCUUAGGGUUCCAGUGUAGGAAAGUUGUAGAAAAAUAGGAAAAUUUGGGUUUUGAUUAGGCUUUAAAGUCAAAUGUAGAGAAAAUUGAAAAAGAAUGUAAAAGCAGCAAAAGAAAGAAAAUAGAAGAAAACAGAAGGAAGAAGCUCUUGUGAGCGAGUGUCCGGAAGUUUGGCCGAAGGCCUUUGGAAAGGAAA